CCAGUUGUGACGCACUAAGGCACCAAGGCGGUCAAGAUAAAGUGUCAGAAAAAAGUCCAGGAUGCAGAGAAACAUGACAAUCACCCAUCUUCCCUCAUUUCUUCAGCUCUUGCGAAUCCUGUAGAUAAGAAGAGUAUAAAGACCACAAACUGCAGGUUUAUAUUAGUUGAGGAACCUGCUGUCCAGUCACCACGAUGCCGAUACCUAACUGCACCUUCAACUCUCUUGCAGCCAUUUUAACUGGUGACAGAGAACUCAGUGACUUAGGAUGCCCCGAUUCUGCUGUGGUGUGUGGAAUGAAUAUCUCCUGGGUGUUGACGAACGCCACUCAAGAAGAUCUGGAAGAAAAGCUUUGCUUGACUGAGGACAAGUACCUAUCCAAAAAUCUGGGGGAAUCAAAAUCCCCCAUGUUUCUCCCUGUCUGUGUCACUUACCUCACCAUCUUCAUCGUGGGUGUCCUGGGCAAUUCCCUGACCUGUGCGGUCAUUUUACGCUACAGGGUGAUGCAAACGCCAACCAAUUACUACUUGCUGAGCCUGGCUGCGUCCGACCUGCUGGUGCUGCUUCUGGGGAUGCCGUUAGAGAUCUACGAGAUGUGGCAGAACUACCCCUUCCUGCUCGGAGAAGGGGGAUGCUAUUUUAAAACCUUCCUAUUUGAAACUGUCUGCUUUGCUUCCAUCCUCAAUGUCACUGCGCUCAGCGUGGAGCGCUACGUGGCGGUGGUGCACCCCCUCAAAGUCAAGCAUUUGACCACACGUGCUCACGUUAAGAGGGUCAUCCUCAUGUUGUGGGGGCUGUCCAUGCUGUGCGCUUUGCCAAACACCAGUCUGCAUGGGAUCGAAGUGCUGCCUCCACAGUUUGGUCGACAGUUUCCCCGAUCUGCUAUCUGCCAUCUGGUCAAACCCAUCUGGAUGUACAACUUAAUCAUCCUGAUCUCCACGCUGGUCUUCUUCCUGCUCCCCAUGCUGAUCAUUAGCGUUCUCUACCUGCUCAUUGGCUUGAGGCUGCGCAGGGAGAGGGUGCUGACCACGGUGGAUACUAACUGUGGCUUCGGUUCUGAAAGUAUCUCCAGCUCCCACAAUCAGAGGCUGAGCAAACGAAAUGUGCAAGUAACCAAAAUGCUAUGUGUGCUGGUGGUUGUCUUUGGCCUGUGUUGGGCUCCCUUCCACAUCGAUCGCUUGAUGUGGAGCUACAUCAACAUAUCAUACGAGCAGCACCGCAGGAUCUUCGAGCAUGUCCACGUCAUCUCUGGAGUUCUCUUCUACCUGAGCUCCGCUGUCAACCCCAUCCUCUACAACCUCAUGUCCACCAGGUUCAGAGAAAUGUUUAGCCACAUUACCUGCUACUCUAACAGCUGGAGAGAACACUCGAGGAGCUUCCAGAUGACUCCACGCAGCACCCUGCGUGAAAAAACAUCCCAAAGUAACAAAAUGACUUCUGGAGCCUUUUGAGCCUUUAGGAGACAAAGGAAGUAAAGGAAAAACUGAAUAAACAAGAGUUCUGCACCAAGCACCACUAACAUUAUGGAAAACGAUGUUCCUGCAUUCAUAUAGAUCUCGAACACAACCAGAAUCUGUGUCUUAGAAGCUGAUCUGACUCACAAUGAACACAAUUCACAGGCUAUUGCCCAAAAAACUACAAAUACUACACUAAAAUCUGACAAAUACUGGAGGGGGAGCAGCAGGUCUUGUGAACUGUGGAUGGACAGAAACAGACGGUCCUUCAGCCGGAUGAGCUAAAAGGUGGUUCCUGAGGCUCCUCACCUUAAGAGAAAACAAGCAUAUUUCCCUCCUGCAUGCUUUUACUCUAUAAUCAUUUUUAUCAACAAGUCCCAGAGUGUAAAAACAACAAUAACUCAAAUUACAUUCAGAGUGAAGACCAACAAGACCGCACACUGAGGUUACUGCACUGCCACAUAGAUGAUGCAGCAGCAUUUUUAUGCAUUGGCAACGCAUCCCAUCAAAUGCAUCAAAAGUAAACGUUUUCUAUUGGAAAUGGAGGUGAAUGUAUUUAUUACAUACAUACUGUGUAAUGUAAUGAAUAAUAUUUCCAGGCUUGCCUAUAUGCUGCUCUACAGCCCAUUAACACAUUCCUAGCAACACUGAAUACAUUUGUCUGUGAAUGAAAGCCAACGAAGUGUACAUGAAACGGUUUGAUAUUUAUAACCACUACGGACGCUAAUCAUGACACAAGUAUUUACAUUAUAUUCUGAAAAUACUAAAGAAUCACUGAUAUUAUGUAGCAGUUGCCACAGAGGUUCCACAUAUAUUGAUACAUAUAUUAUGGACUUGUAUACAAUGUACAUGACUAGUAACUCUACAUAUUGCUUAAGUUUUCACUGCAGCAUAAUUUGACAUAUGGUUAUUGCUCAGUUUAAAAUAUCCAAUUCAUUUUCUGCUUUGCUGGUAAGCGGUGCUAUUGUUUACCUAUUGCUUUAAUUACUUUUUGAUGCACAAUGUGUACAUAUGACAUGUUUACAAUAUCUUUUUAUGGUGUGCACCAUUAAAACAGACCUGAUUUUGAAUAUCAGUGCUGCAUGUAAGAUGUGUCAGCAGGCCCACUCAGAAAGAAAAGAUCACACCGAGUCUUGUCUUCUUUGAAUUCCUAUAGUGCAACCGGCCCCGGGAGGCAAAGGUCUUCUGUGUAUACAUCGCAGUAAAAGUGUCGGGGUGAACAAUAACGAGGUGUGCCGAAAGCCACGAGAACCUUCCGACAGGAUGUCUCAUCUCAACUUUAGGUGACGCACAGCGCGGAGGAAAAAACUCAUUUGUAUACAUGGAGAAGAUGAUGAUGAGGGGUAGAAGCUAGGAGGAAAGAUGAUGUCACCGGGUCAAUAAUAUGGAACAAAGAAUUAAUGAAUGAUUAGAUGAAGCAGGAUGUGAAAGCAGACAAAGAUGAGCCAUCUGUUCAAUACUGACAAAUCGCUUUGGAAUGAAACAGCGUUAUCAGUGUGCCACACCAGCACAGAUGAAGGGCCCUCUACCCACAGCUUCCAUCAACAUAACAAAAUGCAGCGUUUACGCACUGGCUAUGCAAAUUGGCCCAUUAAAAAAAGGGUACAUCACAGCGUCGCCCAAAUAAUUACAGACACUCAAGACCGGGGUAAUGAUUGACUCCUGUGGGACUUUAAUGUGACACUUCGAGGCAGGCAACAUCAUUUACCUUUGAAAGAUUUUUUUUUAAAUUAAGACAUUAAAGGACAGAUCACAGAAAUUAGAAAUUCAAUGUGUUUCAUUUUCACUCACAGAAAUAUGGAAUCAUCCUCACGAUGAAAGUCACGAGGCCCAAGAAUUGGAAACAAUAGAAAGUUCACGCGAUGCUCAGUGGGAGUUCUGGGAAGGAAGACUGGUGAGAGACACUAAUCAUCCGAUCAAACUCAACAGACACGAAACUUUGAAAAGGUAAUUUAUAUCCAUCAUCCUGACACGACAAGAGCUCCCAAAAUAACAAACGGUAGUGAGUUACGAGUUUGAGCUUAGAAAUCUAAUUGGCUCUGCAACAACGGUAAACUUAAAGGCCACUUCUAUUACAGUAGAAGAUGAGGAGAGAUGGAAACUUAAAGGCUACAGUGCCACUCAGUCCUCUUUUAAUAGCAAAGUGAUAAUUGGAAAUGUACUAGGACAGGAGAUAAUGUCAAGGCGCAGAGCAGUAUCAGAGACAAGAAGGAUAUGGAAGUGGAGAUAUGAUUUCCUGCCAAGAGGAUGAUGUGAAGUGCUUCAUAAUGAGAUGAGGUUAAGUAUAUUGUGAGAAUGGGGACUGACACAGAUGGGCUGUCUCAAACUCAAAGGUCUCUCUUACAUUAAUAACAGUUGAGAAAAACGUUACUCCAAGUGUCAUUGACCUGAUGUGUUGAGGAGAGGCCAGAGCACAAUGAAGCGACACCUUAGUACGCCAGCGCCGGGGUCAGCUCAAGGAGGAUUUGCAUUUACUAAGCAGUAGAAUGAAGCAAGAUAGCUGUCAGGUUUAAGGUACUUAAUCCACUUGCAAAGACUUUCCAGCAGGCUUCUAUCAGUCGAACAACCGUGACUGACUGAGCCAUUUGCAAACACUCCAUCUGUCCAAAUGACCAACACCAUUCGCCCAUCACUGUGUAUUAAUACUUGUAAUCAUGCUAGGAUCUCUUUGGAUAGCAACGCAGUUUUUUAAGGCUGAGGUUUAUCAGCAACAAUUCACCGGGUUGACUAGUUGGCUAGACCAGGGAUUGACCCACCUGGUGAUCAUCAAGAGGGCACAUUUGCUAUCCGAUCUUUAUGUGAUGACGUAUGACCUCACUCAAAUGAACACCUAGAGAAGGUUUUAGAUUUAGAGCUUCAGUGGAGAUCAGUAGAGACUUGGAGAAUCCAUGCUGAGGUGUCCAUGUGGGCUGUCUGUUAAUCUUAUUAUGAGGCUAAAAGGGCUUGUCAGCAUACUCGUUAGCCUUUUUUUGAGGCGAUCAUGUGAAAACGCUACUAAAGGUCACUAGAGCAGCACUAGCACAAAAAAUGUGUGUGGUUAAAUGUUUUGAAAAUGUUUCCUUAUAAUUCUGUGAUAGUCAGCAGCAUAUUUAUAUAUCAAAUAUCAGCAGUGAUAAUCCUGCCAGAAGUUUAGACAAGGUCAGUCAUUCAGGAGAUAAUUAGAUACCAAUGAAAUUGUUUAGAUCAAUCAAGCCAUUUACUCUAGGAAAAUAACUCCCGUCUCUGCAGCUGUUAACGUGACUCACAGCCCUACUCGCUGUCAUAUAACCACACUAUCACUAGCCACUUCAUUAGGUACACUUUGCUAGUAUCUGAUUGGACCCCCU